AUGUCGAAAGCGGAGGGUGAGAUCAAUCAGGCCAAGAAGAGUUUUAUCUUUAUGGUAGAUUUCCUGAUGGGUGGUGUCGCUGCCGCUGUAUCCAAGACUGCCGCUGCUCCUAUUGAGCGUGUCAAGCUCUUGAUCCAAAAUCAGGACGAAAUGUUGAAGGCUGGCCGUCUCGAUCGCAAAUACAGUGGUAUCGUCGACUGCUUCAGCCGUACAGCUCGGUCGGAGGGUAUGCUGUCCCUAUGGCGAGGCAACACUGCCAACGUUAUCCGAUACUUCCCUACCCAAGCUCUCAACUUUGCCUUCCGCGACACCUACAAGUCAAUGUUCGCUUUCAAGAAGGAAAGAGAUGGUUACGCGAAGUGGAUGGCUGGUAACCUGGCCUCCGGUGGUAUGGCCGGUGCCACUUCUCUGCUGUUCGUAUACUCGCUCGACUACGCUCGUACCCGUCUCGCCAAUGAUGCCAAGUCAAGCAAAGGAGGUGCUCGUCAAUUCAACGGCCUGAUCGAUGUCUACAAGAAGACUCUUGCCACCGAUGGAAUCGCCGGUCUGUACCGUGGCUUUGGUCCCUCCGUUCUUGGUAUUGUUGUCUACCGUGGUCUCUACUUCGGCAUGUACGAUUCCAUCAAGCCUGUUCUCCUGGUUGGUCCUCUCGAGGGUAGCUUCAUCGCAUCUUUCCUGCUUGGCUGGGCUGUCACCACUGGUGCUGGUAUCGCUUCUUACCCUCUGGAUACCAUUCGUCGUCGCAUGAUGAUGACUUCUGGCGAGGCUGUGAAAUACAAGGGUUCUCUAGAUGCUGCACGUCAGAUCAUGGCUAAGGAAGGUAUGCGAUCAUUUUUCAAGGGCGCUGGUGCCAACAUCCUCCGUGGUGUCGCCGGUGCUGGUGUGCUCUCCAUCUACGAUCAAGUGCAACUCCUCCUCUUCGGCAAGGCCUUCAAGGGCGGCUCUGGAUAG